GUCCUAACACAGUGAAGACCAGACUGAAGUCACAACACAGUGAAGGCCAGAUUGAAGUCCUAACACAGUGAAGACCAGACGGAAGUCCUAACACAGUGAAGACCAGACUGAAGUCCUAACACAGUGAAGACCAGACUGAAGUCACAACACAGUGAAGACCAGACUGAAGAACACACACACCAUGUUUCAGUAGACACACUGGUCUCCAUCAUCAUGUCCAUCAGUGUGAAUCUGAAGAGGAUUUCCAAUCUGCCUGGACGAUCGGACCGAAAAGUAGAACUCUCAUUCAGAGGUUUCACUCAUAAAACGCGGAUUCUUCAGUGUGAGAACGUGGCAGUUUUCAAUGAGCAUUUCCGCUGGCCUCACUAUGGGAAGGUGAUCAGGGAAGAAGUUUUGUCUGUCAGCGUUUAUAACUGUAGUAAAGUCUUCUCCAACAGACUUUUAGGUAAACUGGUGGUCAGUCUACAACAUGUUGUUUCUACUGGGAGACUGUUGCUGCGGGAACCGCUCACUGAUGCCAAGUACAGUCUAACUGAUGUACAGUACAAUUGUCCCUUCUACAACGAGAACUUUAUGUUUGAGUUCCAGGAGACUCCAGACAUCUUGUUUGAUAAAGUCAUUGAGAUAAAGGUGGUCCACAGGCGGGCCCUCGCCUUCCUUAUGACUCAUAUUGGAACUUUCAAGAUUGACAUUGGAACUGUUUACGCCCAACCAGACCAUCAGUUUUACCAGAAAUGGGCUCCACUCAGUGAUCCAGCCGAUACCAGAGCUGGGGUCAAAGGUUAUGUGAAGGCCACCAUUUGUAUAUUGAUGAAGGGAGAUGCUCUGAGCAUGCCCAGGUUGAGCCCCACCUCCACCUCAGGAGCCAAUGAAGACAUAGAGAAGAAUCUGUUGCUUCCUAAAGGCCUCGGUGUUGAGCGCCCGUGGGCCCGGUUCACAGUGCGAGUGUACCGGGCAGAGGGUCUGCCCACCAUGGAGGCGGGACUUCUGGCCAGCCUGUCAAAGGUCACAGACAGGAAGGUCUUCAUUGAUCCCUACGUCCAGGUCACCUUCUGUGGACAGCAGGGAGAGACAUCGGUGGUGAGUUCGUCCAGUUGUCCGGUGUGGAAUGAGCAAAUUUCCUUCAUAGAACAGUUUCCUCCUCUGGCUCGACGAAUCAGAGUCCAGAUCCUCGAUGAUGCCAACAUUGGAGACGUCGCCCUGGCAACCCAUUUCCUGGACCUGCAGCAGAUCUCAGAUCCCACCAGAAAUGGUUUUAACCCAACAUUUGGUCCUUGUUGGGUGAAUCUGUAUGGCUCCCCUCAGAACUCCACUUUGGGAGACAUUCACCAGGCUCUGAACCAGGGAUUGGGGGAUGGAAUAUGCUACCGUGGCCGCAUCCUCUUGGCUCUCAGCGUGGACAUUUACGUCUCCCCCUCUGCCAUUUCUGCGGAGACCAGCCCUGCUGCGCUGGGCAGCAAGGUGAAAGGAGCGCUUGGAAGGCUGAAGAAGAAGAGGAGCAGCAAGAAGAAAGAUAAGAGGAAUGAAGCUUCACAGGCUGGCAGCAUAUUGGACGAGGAUGGAGGGGAGGUGGGACCUGAGGUUCCAGAGGCUGUUACCGUGGAGACAGAGGAGAUCCACCCACUUCCUGAGGGAUUCCUGGGGGAGAAGGAGGAGUUCCUGCUGUUUGCGUCUCUGUUUGAGGUCACACAGAUGGAUCCCUCUGUUGGAACACGACCUUUGACCUUUGAGCUCUCCAUAGGGAAUUAUGGGAAAGCCACGCGGGUGGAGAGAGCCAAGAGGAGCCGCAGCAGAGAGGAGCUGAAUGAGGAGGAGAAGAGUCUGUUGGAGUCGGAGGAGGAGCUUGAAAGGGAGGAGGUGAUGAACUUUGAACCUGAGAGUAGAUCUGUGUCUGCUCCUCUGAGAGCCCAGCCUACCGAGUACGACAGGUCUUACAGCUGCAUCCCUCUGCAGCCUCCCUCAGUGAGACAGAAACCCUGCCUGUAUGUCUGGAGCCAUUUCGAGGAUCACAGUUUCCGUUUCCACCAAAGCAACUGGCUGCACAAAAUGGCCGACAGGCUGGAGUCUGGGCUAGAGGAGGUGGAGCAUCUUCUGAGGAGGCCGAGGAGCAGAGUGAAGGAGCGCCUGGUGGAGGUGAUGCUGGAGCUGGUGGCCUCCUGCAAGCAGUUCACUGUGCUGUCAGACAGAAAGAACCCAUCAAGGCCCAACAACCUGGACAAAUGCAGAAAAGAGUUCAUAAAGAAGAACUUGGUCCUUUUAGCCAGACAGGCUGUCAGAGUAAAGAGAAGAGUCACGAGACGAACGGCCAAACAACAUUUAGCUGACGCCAAGAAGAUCCUUAAGAAGCUCCGCCUUCUUGCUAAAGAGCCACAGAGUACCCUCCCGGAUGUGUUUCUAUGGUUACUGAGUGGAGGGAAGCGAUUGGCCUACGUCAGAAUUGCCGCCCACUCUGUGCUCUUCUCAUUGGUGGAAGAGCAGAGGGGGCGGGACUGUGGCAGAGUCACCACCCUCUACAUGAAGUCCCCAGGUGGCGCUGCAGGUCUGGUCUUUGCUAAGCUGGAGGUUUAUCUGUGGUUGGGGUUGACUAAGUACAGUAAGGAGGUCGUCACCUCCCUGCCGGAGGAGUUCCUCCCCAUCUACAAGGAUGAGGAAGAAGAGGAGGGCAGGGCAGCCGGGGGGAGGAGGAAGGUUCCAGUCAGCCUCUCUUGCCAGGACAGCAGGUACUUCCAGUUACGAUGUCACCUGUACCAGGGGCGUGGCCUAAUGGCUGCCGAUGACAACGGCCUAUCAGAUCCCUUCGCCAAGGUCCUCUUCUCUACACAGUGUCAAGUCACACGGGUGCUGUCAGAGACCCUCUCUCCAGCCUGGUGUGAGUGUUUGGUUUUUGACAGAGUGCUGUUGGAGGGGAGGAAGGAGGACCUAAGAGAGGACCCUCCUCUCGUGAUAAUCAGUAUCUAUGACUACGAUGCCAUGGGAAGUCCGGAGCCCUUGGGCAGGGCAUAUGCAGAGCCUGAGCUGAGGUUUGCUGAACAUCCCUACCAGAAGCCCCACCUCCGCUUCUAUGAUGUCACACGAGGGAAGGUUUCUGCUGGUGAACUACUGGCUGCAUUUGAGCUGAUAGAACUGGACUACUCUGGUCUUGGAGAGCCUUGUCUUCCUGGCUCCGUGGACCCUCAGGAGCCUCCUUACCUGCCAGAUCAAAACUUCUUCCUGAUUCCAGAGGGAGUGAGACCAGUUCUAAAGACUUUCAGAGUAGAGGUCCUGUUUUGGGGUGUCAGAGACUUGAAGCGGGUGCAGCUGUUUGAGGUGGAGCGCCCCCUGGUGAGGGUGGAGUGUGGUGGUCAGCAGCUGGAGUCAGAGGAGAUCAUCAGCUAUAAGACUCAUCCCAACUUCAGCCAGCUGGUUGGAUAUUUCCAUGUGGAGCUGCCGGAGCAGGCUUACCUCCACCCUCCAUUGACAUUGUCUGUGGUGGAACGACGGGCGUUUGGACGCACUGCGCUGGUCGGGACCCACGUCGUCCAGAGUCUUAUGGCCUAUGCCCCCCCUGAGCUGGGGGAGGAGCUAGAGCAGGAAGAGGAGGAGCUUAAACCACUUGCGAUGAAGAAGCCCCUGGUUAAAGUUACUGCUCUGUCCACAGUGAAGAACAUAGGGCUGCACAGCCUGUCAAUCAAACAGUCCAAGAUUCCCAUCAACCCCCUGAACCUGGUCUCUGCUCCUCUGAAAAAGCUGAGGAAGAAAGGGGAGGAGCUUGAGGAGGAAGCGCCAGAGAAGGAGGAACUUGAUUGGUGGUCAAAGUAUUACGCAUCACUGGCAGAACUUGAGCGACAGGCUACUCUGGCAGAGGAAGUGGAAGAACAAGCAGAAGCAGAUGGGGGUGACCUCACUAUGGCCUCCAUAGAGGAGGAGGAGGAAGCAGUGGUGGUGGAGAUGGAGCCUCCCAAACCCAAACGGAAGAAGAUUGCCACUUUGCAGUUGUACAGUACUGAUCUGGAGUCAGAGUUCAGUCAGUUUCAGGAUUGGUUGCAGAUCUUCCCUCUUUAUAAAGGCAGAGCCAAUGCUGACGAUGAGGAAGAUGAUGAAGAGGAGAGAUUAAUGGGAAAAUACAAGGGCUCCUUCAUGGUCUACCCUAUUGGUCCUGGAGAGGAAGACAAGAAAAUUGAAAUCAGUGAUGGAAUCCCCAAGAACGUUCCGGUUAAAGUCCUGAUCCGCCUCUACGUGGUCAAGGCCACUGGUCUGGCUCCUACCGACCCAAAUGGGAAGGCAGACCCCUACCUGGUAGUUCAGGUCGGUCAGCAGAGUCUGGACAGUAAAGACCGCUAUAUCCCCAAACAACUCAACCCUGUGUUUGGAGAGGUGUUUGAAGUCACAGUGUCAUUUCCUUUGGAGACGGAGUUGGUUGUCAUGGUGAUGGACCAUGACCUGGUGGGAUCUGAUGAUGUCAUCGGGGAGACACGGGUCGACCUGGAGAAUCGGUUCUAUAGCCGCCACUUACCCUGCUGUGGUUUGCCCCAGUACUAUGACACGGACGGCUACAAUAAGUGGCGUGAUGCAAAGAGACCAUCGGCCAUCUUGGUUGAAUUGUGCCGGAAAAACGGCAUUCCCUCCCCGGAAUACCGACCCUCUGAGGUCAAAGUCCUCAAUAAGAUCUUCAAAAUCCCACCAGACGCUUUACCCGAAGAGCUGUUGAAGAAGAACCAGUUGUCUCUGGAGGAGGAAGAGGAGGUGGAGGAGCACGUGGCCCUCAGCGUGUUGAGGCGCUGGGGGGAGAUGAGAGAGUUUGUCCCUGGAGCCUGUCAUCUGGUACCGGAGCAUGUGGAGGUCCGAUCCCUGCAGAACCAGGACAAACCUGGACUACCACAGGGAUACCUUCAUAUGUGGGUGGAUAUGUUUCCCACUGAUGUCCCGGCUCCACCCCCUGUCAACAUCAAACCCCGCCAACCAAUACAGUACGAGCUGCGUGUCAUCAUAUGGAACACGGAUGACGUUGUUCUGGAUGAUGUAAACCCCUUCACUGGAGUCCCGUCCUCUGACAUAUAUGUCAAAGGGUGGAUAAAGGGUUUGGAAGGAGACAGACAGGAGACAGACGUCCACUUCAACUCUCUCACUGGAGAAGGAAACUUCAACUGGAGAUUUGUCUUUCAAUUUGACUACCUUCCUACUGAGAAGGAGGUGGUCUACAGAAGGAAGGAGUCCAUCUUCUCCUUGGAGGAGUCAGAGUUCCGUCAGCCAGCCGUCCUCGUACUACAGGUCUGGGACUACGACCGCAUCGCUGCCAACGACUUCUUGGGCUCUAUUGAGUUGCGCCUCAGUGACAUGGUGCGAGCAGCCAAGUCUUCUGACAAUUGUUCUGUCCAGAUGGCGAAGGAUCGAGCCGGUCCUCGUUUCUCCAUCUUCCUCUCCAAGAGGAUGAAGGGAUGGUGGCCACUCAUCCGUCUGAAGAGCCAGAAGGACAUAGAGAGAGAGGAGAAAGAGAAGGAGGCCAAGAAGAAAGGAGGGGGAAAGAAGAAAAAGAACAAGAGGAGUAGAAUGAAGACGGAAGACAUGCAGUUCACUGACCACAAUGGCAACACCUUCCUCCUGAUGGGUAAGGUUGAGGCAGAGCUUCAGCUGCUAACAUUAGAGGAGGCGGAGUCUAACCCAGUGGGGCGGGCCCGAAAGGAACCAGAACCUCUGGACAAACCUAAUCGUCCAACGACCUCAUUCUCCUGGUUUGUCAACCCCAUGAAGACCUUUGUGUUCUUCAUCUGGAAGAAGUAUAAGAAGUACAUCAUUGUUCUCGUCAUCCUGGCGAUUCUCACCCUCUUCCUGGCCCUCAUCCUCUACACUCUUCCUCAGCAAAUUUCAUCUCUCAUCAUCCACGGCUAGGAGAGACCACCUGGACAUAUCUAUAUAGAGAUAUAUAGAUAGCUAUCUAUAUAUAGAGAGAGAGACAGACAGACA